UGCAAUCAUAUUUCGUCUAAUUUUAUGCACCCAAUUAAUUAUCUAAGUGCAAAUUUAUGCACAAUAUACUUUGUUGUACCUGUCAUUUGAUUAUAGGUGUAGAAAAUUAAAUAUUCCAUAUAUAUGUUUUCUCUAUGAAGCCAAGUUACUAAAUUCUCAUUUUCUUACUUUAUUGCAUUUAUAAUAAGGUCAAAAGUGUGACACACUUAAUGAUAUAAAUAAUGUCUGAUUUGAAAAAAAAAUUACUAAGGUAGCAUAGUAAACGGCUACUCAAUUUAUCCGCUUACAUAUUACAAAUCUUUUAAAAUAUAAUAAUGGGUGAACAAAAAGCGGUAAUCAAAAAUGCCGAUAUGUCAGAAGAUAUGCAACAAGACGCUGUUGAUUGCGCUACACAAGCUUUAGAAAAAUAUAAUAUUGAAAAAGAUAUAGCAGCAUUCAUUAAGAAAGAAUUUGACAAGAAAUACAAUCCUACAUGGCAUUGUAUUGUUGGGAGAAAUUUCGGAAGGUUAGUAAUAUUUUGUAACUCGACAUAAAUAUUUAUUCAUUAUUAAUAUGUAAUCAAUGUUAUUCACUCACUGUUUAUGCCAAGACAGAAAUAAUUUGACGUUAUAAUGUGGAGUUUGUAACGGUGUAUAAGGAAUUAUGUAACUUUAUUGGAAGUCAAUAUUAUACAUUUAUGUGACGCAUGAAACCAAACAUUUCAUUUAUUUUUACUUGGGACAACAAGCAAUUCUUCUCUUCAAAUCUGGUUAAUUCGGAGAAAGUCAAGACAACAAGAGAAAUACCACCAGAAACCAAAUCAAACAUUGUAACGCACAUCUGAUCAUUAUUCAUUCAGCGUAACCCAAUUAACUUCACAAACACAAUUUUCUGUAGUAAUUCAUCUUUCUAAGAGCAAACAGAAAAAAUAUAGGUUGAAUGAAGAGCACAAAACAGAACAGAAUAAAUAUUAGUAUAACUGAGAUUGUGUUUCCACAUUGUCUUUUGUACUGGUUGAUCCACUAUCAUAUUAUUGUCAGUGUGUGCUUUUGUGUGUGGUAAUUUUAUCUGUGGUAGUGUUUCGAAAUCGAAAAUGAAACAUCUUCAUUAUUAGUAAACAAUUGAAAUAAACAGUUAUUCGUGCAGAAGACCGAGAGUGUUUUCUCUUUAUAUCUCGUCAUAUAGAUUCAUCCUUGGUUAGAUCGAGCUGGCACACAUGCUAUCUCCGAUUCGUUUCGCUCCAGUCUCCUCUCCACUUCGUUUUCCUAAUUGUCUCUUCAGAUCAACGAUUGCAUGAAGUAUACAUACACAAAAUCCAUUCUCGUGUUUGACUUAUUUUAAUUCCGUUAUUCAGUAACAAGAGUUGAGUCGAUAAAAAUAUACGAGGGUUAGAGGUAUGUAUAUUUCAAUAACAAUCAUUUAUUCGAUCCAAUUGGAGUCAGAUAUUGGGCCACAAAAAAAACUACGUUAUCAUACAUUAAUGAUGGAAGCUUAUUCAAAAUACAUACCAUAAUGUUAUUCAAAAAUACUUAUAUAUUCUUCAUAUAACUGAUUACUGUGUAAUAAGAAGCUUAACUGGAACUAAUCAAAAGAAGACCACGAUAUGUUUGCAUUCAUAGAAUUUAUCGUCAUUAGUACGUUUGUUGCACUUUUUAAUGACAUUUACAAUCGUAGCAUGAAGUCAAAUUACAAAAAUUCAAGUUCAAAUGAAGUCAAGUGAUUCCUUCAUUUGAAAAUUUAAAAAUACUUGGUGGUAAUUGUGAAGGUUGUGACUGACGGGUCUUUGAAUAAUCCUUUUACGACAGUAAUUUAUAUUCGUAAUUUAUUUACAACAAAGAGAGAGGUGAACUCGAAAUCUAUGCUAGAGGCAUACUGACG